CACAGGGUCUUGUUGGCAGUGGGCGGAGUCUACGACCUGCCUGUGUGCCUGUCGGAGAAGAAUGUAAACAGCUAGAAUGAUUGUCCAGAAGCUAGCGUCAGCGUAGGAAACAGACCUGCAGACCCCAUUUGGUCUGGCAGGAUAUCUGCAGGCUGCAUAUCUUGGAAAGUUUUGCCAGACAUGGCGGAAUCCAGCUCACAGCCUACAGCGACGGCAGACGUCCUGAUUGAUGGCAGUCUGGACGGGUCGCCUCUUGGCGUCUCCAAAGGACUGAUUGUAAACACGACAAAGGAGGGAGCCGGCGCCUUAAGAAACGAGGCGUCAGCGGCAGGGCUGCCUUUUGGUGACAGGCCUUUUGCCGCUAGAGUCACAGACGAAGAGGAGGAGGCCACGCCCACACCGCCAGAGUCAUCGCCGAGUCUGUCGUCGGAAAACGAGACGCUGACCCUCAUAACCACCACAGAAGAAAGAACUCUAUCAGGGCUCCUUAAGCAGAGAAAGCCUGAAGGAAGAGCGGACACGGACGGACACAGAGAUGUGAACCUGGAGGAGAGCUCCUCUGUGCUGACCGAAGGCGGCUCCGACGACCAGCGGGACUCCACCGACUCCGCAUCCUUCUCCAUCCAGAGUCUGGAGUUUUCCGACGGACUCCCGGCUGCGGGGAGCUCUCUGGACAUCGAGGACGGCUUGUCUUCGUCCUGCCCCGCUCCGGGGGUGGAAAGCUUCCCGGUGUCCACGGAUGUUCCCAGCCUGAAGGAGGAUGAAGCACCGGAAGCUGCAGGGGGCGCCGUUUUAGCCGCGACCGCUUCUCCUCCUCCUCAUAGUGAUGCAGCGGCUGCUGCUGCAGAGCCCAGACCCCCCAUCCCUGCGUAUUACCUGGUGAAGUGGAUCACAUGGAAGGAGAAGAAGACCCCCAUCAUCACCCAGAGUGAAAACGGGCCCUGCCCCCUGCUGGCCAUCAUGAACACGCUGUUUUUACGCUGGAAGGCAAAGUUACCGGCUCAAACUGAAAUGGUCACAACUGAAGAACUGAUGGCUCACCUGGGAGACUGCGUCUUAUCUGUCACGCCAAGAGAAAAGACGAACGUGAUGGAGCUCAACUUUCAACAGAACAUGAGCGACGCCAUGGCGGUGCUGCCAAAACUCUCCACAGGCCUGGAUGUGAACGUCCGCUUCACCGGAGUCACCGACUUUGAAUACACACCGGAGUGCAUCGUGUUCGACCUGCUGGACAUCCCGCUGUACCACGGCUGGCUGGUCGACCCGCAGAGUCCAGAGAUAGUCGCUGCUGUGGGGAAACUGAGCUACAACCAGCUGGUGGAGAAAAUCAUCGACUACAAACACUCAGCAGAAAGCAGCAGAGUCAGUGAAGGUCUGGUGGCAGAGCAGUUUCUGGAGUCGACGGCCACCCAGCUGUCGUAUCACGGUCUGUGUGAGCUCAACACCACCGCCAAAGAGGGAGAGAUGUCCGUCUUCUUCAGAAACAACCACUUCAGUACCAUGAUCAAACACAAGGGGGAUCUGUACCUUCUGGUGACGGACCAGGGCUUCCUGCAGGAGGAGCGCGUGGUCUGGGAGUCUCUCCAUAAUGUGGAAGGAGACGGGAACUUCUGCGACUCCGACUUCCGGCUGUGUCACCCUCCCCAGAGGACUGCGAGCGGCGCCCAGCUGCAGCCCAGCGUGCAGGAGCAGCAGAGGCAGAUCGACCAGGAUUACCUGGUGGCAGUGUCCCUGCAGCAGCAGCAGGGGGAUGCGCCCGGACCCCUCAGUGACCUGGAGUUGGCGAGACAGUUGCAGCAGGAGGAGUACCAGCAGCAGCAGGAGCAGCAGGAGCAGCAGCAGCAGCAGCAGCAGCAGGGACCGGUUCAGACAUCACAGCAGGUCAGAGGUCAGGGGUCACAGCAAGCCAGGAGGCGAGAGAAGGACUCCGACUGCGUGGUCCUCUGAACGCCGAGGCGGCCCGAUGCCAAACCCGCAGUGCUUUCGUCUCACGGGACGCAACUUUGUGCUUCUGGUGGAACGUCUAACCAAUGUCGUCUUUGAAGGGCUUCGCGGCAAACGUCCUCACCCGCUGCUUCCAGACGGUUCUGCUCCCGGUCCAGACCUCCGGGCGGACGGGAAAUUCUUUCAAGCAGAAACCAGAAACAAAAAGAAGCUCUUGUUUUCUGAGCUGUGACCUUCUAGGGACCAAGGAGUCACUUAUUUAUUUAGAUGAUUUUCUGCUUAGGAGUUUUCUAUAAAAAGCUCUCAGGCCAGAAUCCCCGUUUCAUCCCGGAGGGUUUGCCAAAGAUCCCAGGCGGAGCGGAACGUGACGGACAAAGAUUAUUCCAAUAUUCAGCCAAACCAAGAAUCUCCUCCAUCAGGAGGAUGGAAGCGUUGCUUUUUUUUUUUUUUUGUUGAAAUAUAUGUAACUGUUCUGGAACGGGAUGCCAAUAAAGUUUUGGUGUUUAUGCA